AAUCUUCAUGUGUUGACAGAUCUGCAUUCACUGAUAAUAGUGAACUCAAUGUUGAAUUAUUAGUUGAGAACUUGAAGAAUGUAAUAAUGAAGAAAUUGUCUGUGUUAUAUAUAACUGAGUCUUCUGUGUCUCUCUCUGUUCUCUCUGUUUCUUUCUCUGUCACUCUCUCUCAAUCUUCUACAUCUGUCUCUGUGUCUGGUUCUCUCACUUCUGCUACCUCUGUUUCCAUAACUCUUACUUCUACUACUUCUGGUUUUAUCAUCUCUGCUUUCAUUAUCAGCUCUCCCUGUUUCAAGGAGAUGUUAUGUAGACUUAAUAAACUAUAUUUCUCAUUCUUAGUUACUUCAGUGUCAGAGGUCAUUUUAAUUGAAGAUGAUAACACUGUUGAGACUACUCUCUCUCACUUUCAAGCUUCUUCUAUCACUUUCUCUUUCUUCUCUGCAGAGAAGGUUGUGUGCACAUCAGAUUAUAA